AUGGAUAGGGUGGCUAUGUUUAACACACCAUUUGUUUUGUCAUUUGCUCUUUUGCUUUCAUUUCCUCUUCUUUUCUUCCUUGCACCCAGAAUUCUACCCCUUAAACAUGCCCAAAUCUCUCUCCCCGACGAGCUUGACGAUCUCGCCCUCUUCCGACGUGCCACACUUGCAUCCAUCCGCCCUGGCGGCUCCGCCGUAUCCCGUCUAGGAACCACCAAGUCCAAACCCAAAAUUGCCUUCUUGUUCCUUACAAAUUCAGAUCUCCAUUUUGCCCCGAUUUGGCAACUCUUCUUCAAGAACCACCAGGGACUUUUCAAUAUCUACAUCCACGCUGAUCCCUCCUCCAAAAUUACUCCUCCUGGUGGGGUAUUUGAAGGCCGCUUCAUAUCCGCGAAACGCACUCAACGCGCCACCCCUACUCUCAUCUCCGCCACACGCCGCCUCCUCGCCACCGCCCUCCUUGACGACUCUUUAAAUUCCUACUUCGCCCUCGUCUCCCCGAACUGCAUCCCUCUCCAUUCAUUCCAAUUUAUUUAUAAUUCUUUAUUCAUCAAACCCAUCACGGAUUCCAUGUCAUCAUCGUCCUCAAUUUCAACCCCUAUGUACCGCAGCUUCAUCGAAAUAUUAGACGACGAUCCAUAUUUAAAUGACAGGUACAUCUCCAGGGGCAAAGACGUAAUGCUACCGGAGGUACCUUUCAACCGGUUCCGGGUCGGAUCUCAGUUCUUCGUCCUGACCCGGCAACACGCAUUGAUUGUAAUCAAGGACAGGAGGCUGUGGCGGAAGUUUAGGCUGCCAUGUCACAAUCUGGAUUCUUGUUACCCGGAAGAGCACUACUUCCCGACACUUUUGUCAAUGGAGGAUCCACAUGGGUGCACCCAUUACACUCUCACUCGGGUCAAUUGGACCGGAAGCACAGACGGGCACCCAUAUACUUACGGACCCGCUGAGAUUUCAUCGAAAAUGAUUCGAGAACUCCGGAAAAAGUUAUCUUCCGUGACUGAAACGAGUCGGGUUCAAAUGUGGAAUGGAUCUCUUUAA